UGCAUAUUUAAUGAGGUGUCAGUCUACGAUGUCGACAAGUCGUCCACUGUAAACACUUCUUUCCGUGUAUAUUUUACCUCCUGGGCCAACAGCCUUCAAUUCAACGGAUUCAAAACAGGUUCAGGGACCACCCAGAGGUGUAGACAAUCCUUGCUUUGGCGCAGUAGUGGCACAGUUAGCAGUACAUCUUUUUCAGUCAUGGACACUAAACAGGACGCCCCACCCGCCUAUCCAGCACAGCAGCCACCUCCUGUUCAACAGGGGCAACCUGGCGCUUACCCCGCCCAGCAACCAGGCACGUACCCCGCCCAGCAACCUGGCGCUUACCCUGCCCCGCAACCAGCGCAGCCGCCCCCGCCCGGACAGCCAGGAGUUUACGCACCUCAGCCGCAACAACCUGGCUACGCCCAGCAGCCGCCGGGUACCUUUGUGUCACAGGGUCCGGGACAACCACCAGUGCCGCCCGGAACAGCUAUGUAUGUUUCCCAGCCCGGUGUGGUGGUGAUGGGCGUUGACCAGCCGACCCGCAGUCAACACCCCUUCAGGAUGACAUGUCCGACCUGCCAGCAGAACAUCCAGACAACGGUGGAGUAUGAGAUCGGGCUUUUCACGUGGCUCAUGGUCGGAGGAGUCUGUCUCUUCGGAUUUGCGAUACCAUUUGUGUGGCUGGGUUGCUGCUUCAUCCCUCUGUGCAUCAAAGACCUUAAGGACGCCAAACACACCUGUCCUAACUGUAGCACUCAUCUGGGAACAUACAAAAGGGCAAAGUGAGCACUUACUGCCAGGCUGCGUGCUUUGUUUCAUUUUUCGUUUAAAGUGUAAGCAGUAUUUUUACUAAUAUCUGGCCGUGUGAUACUGAUAAAAAAGAAUAAGGACCAUACAAUUUCUUAAGGUUAAAAGGAAAGCAACCUUCUAUAUGCAAGAUAUACUUUUAUCCCAUGAAUUUAAUAAAGAUUUAUUUUAACUUUUUAAAAGGUAAAUGAUUGUAAGGGAAUGGUAAUAUACGCCGCUUAUUACAUGGGAUAUGGUGAUAUUUAGGGUAUUUAGUUUUGCUGUUGAAUGUUAAUUAUAGUGUGUGAAAGAUAAUGAUCAGCUUUUAACUUAGAUAUCUUUGAUAUUAUAAGUUGCAGAAAUAAGAUGCAUCGAUUAGUGUGGACAGUUUCCGUUGUCUUACAAAGAUACAACACAACGUCUUUAAAUUUACGCGAAUCGCGAUCCACGGUCCCGUGAUCGCGACAACAGAAAUGGCCGUACAGAAAUGACCUCUAGCGAGGUAUCGUUGAACAUACACGCCUUACCCUGCGCAUUUCUUGUUAUGUAGAUAAGCAUGAGAAUCAAUAAUACGCUAUGCAAGUCCAGAGGUUGUUUAACAGGUAGAUUAUGAUGCAUCUGUUCACAUUGAAGCAAUGCGGAUAAAGGUACUCGUAUGAAGUUGGAUUAAGUUGUGUGUUAAUUUGAGUUUUUUCAUCUUCCUGAAUUAAAAAGAUAUGAAAAGAA